AUGGUUUUCGCAGUGACUUUCACUGGUACCCUGUUCUUCGAACCCAUUCCCUCCAAUUAUCAUCGCCACAUUCAAAGCUUUGCUUCGCGCCCUUUUCUGCCCUCUUAUCAUGUGCCCUUUCCUGAGCUUGUGGAAUUGGGUCUUGAUGUGCAAGGGUUUAUUCGAAAUUUAGGAUGGGAAUUUCUCCUGGACCAGCCUUUUUCCUCUCUCGUCUGCCCUGACCUGGCCCGAUACUUCUUUUCAAAUUUUCGCUCCCCCGGGCUGGCCUCCCGCACCUUUUCAUCCAUAGUGUUCGGCCAUCUCUUCACUCUCCACCUUGAUGACCUAUCCGAUACUCUUCAUAUUCCUAGGGUUGGAGAGGCCCUUGCUGAUGCCUCUGAGCUAGAGCUGUUUGCCUUUCACUAUGCUGAUGAAUUUCAUCAGCUCACUGGUGUGCUGCCUGGUGAUGGUCUGCUCAUGCCUGUUACGUCGCUUCUGCCUUCACUUCGGUUGCUGCACUAUUGCAUCACUCGGGUCUUCGUUCCUCGUGCUGACUCCUUGGACCUGGUCCUCCCACUCGAUCUGUGGAUUAUCUCCCAUGCGGUUCAUGGUGUGCCACUGGACUAUGCUCACCUGGUCUUUGGCAACCUUCUCCGCUUCAGUAAUGCGUCUCUCGAUGGUCCCCUUGCUUUCGGUCCUCUUGUCACUUCCUUGCUCCUUGAACUGCAUCUUCCUCUUUCUCCGUUCCUCACUAUGACUCCUUCUUUGUAUCCCCCCGCUUAUCACGUUCUGGAUGUUCUGGAGAUUGCCGUUGAAGGGGAGAAUAAUGAUAAUGAUAUUGUCUGGGUGAGUAGCGGCAGCAGCAGCAGUGGAAGCUCUGACGAUGGACCUGGGCUGGAACCCUUUGUUGAAGCUCUCCAGGCUCUUCUUGAAUAUGGUUCUGAUGAUGCCAGUGACGGUGCUUAA